CCCAUGCUCUCGUAGCCGCUCUAGCAAAAGAACAUCAGGCUUGACGAGGGGUUGACCAGUCUAUAAUAGUGGUUGUAUAGUCAACCAUGGCAGGGAGGUAGCUGCCGGGGUUAUGCCUCGCUACGGCUCUGCCCCGUCACAGUCUGACCCGAUCUAUAAAAAGACCUUGAACGGGCCAAUGUACAUAUACAUAGGUGUUGUGAAUAGAGAUAGGAAUAUUCCAUGGUCCGCAAAGUUAGCAACAGGAAGGGGUAAGAGGUCAACAGCGUUGUUUAGGGCAUAUAUCAUAUGUAACAUUACUGUUGUGUAUGUUACAGUACAGCGGUAUACGGAACUGUUUUUUUAGUUUGGCCGGGGGGAGGGGUGGGGAGGCCUGAGCAUUCAGUCAUUCCAUUCUACUUACUUGAUAUUCGUCCUGUAAUCCCUGGCAAU